AUGUUUCUAUUCAUACAACAAUCCCCUUUUGUUUUUUCAAUUUCCGUUUUAUUGAUUUGGAUAUUGUAUAAAUGGAUUAUUUCCAAGCCUAGAAACAAAAAUAACUUACCACCAUCUCCAUGGAAGCUCCCUGUCAUUGGAAAUCUCCAUCAGCUAGGCACGAGCCUCCAUCGCUCUCUCUUGGAGUUGUCCAAGAAACAUGGUCCACUUAUGAUGAUUCAUAUUGGUAGCAUGCCAAUGCUUGUAGCCUCUUCUGCAAAAGUAGCUGAAAAAAUCUUGAAAACCCAUGAUUUAGUCUUUUGCAGCAGACCCCAAUUAAAAAUCCCUAAUGCAUUUACCUACGGUUCCAAGGAUAUAGCAUUUUCUCCAUACGGAGAGUAUUGGAGACAGAUUAGGAGCAUUGCAGUGCUCCACCUUUUGAGUAAUAAACGAGUUAUGUCAUAUCGAAAAGUCAGGGAAGAAGAGACGGCUCUCAUGAUUAAAGAGAUUGGAGAAAGUCGUGGUUCUGUAGUUGAUGUAAGUGAGCUGAUAGUUUCGUUUACAAAUAACGUAAUUUGUAGGGUGGCCUUGGGUAAAACAUAUCCUGGCUUAAAGUUUAAAAACUUGCUGUCACGGAUGAUGAGUCUGUUAGGAGUUCUUAGCAUGGAAAGUUAUAUUCCAUCGUUGUCAUGGGUGGAUCGUUUGAGUGGUUUAAAUCGAAGAAUAAAUGAAGUUUCUGAAGAGUUAGAUGAGUUCUUUGAGGCUGUUAUUGAAGAACAUCUAAUUCAGAGAAGAGAGACGAACGAUUCUUUUUGUGGGAGUGAUGAAGGUAAAGAUUUAGUGAACAUCUUGCUUGAUGUCCAGGUAGAAAAUGCAGGUGGCUUCAUCGUUGACAAAGAAUCCAUCAAAGCUGUCAUCUUGGACAUUUUUGCUGCUGGAACUGAUACAACCUCUACAAAUAUAGAGUGGGCAGUUAGCGAGCUAGUAAGGCAUCCAAGAGUGAUGAAAAAACUACAACAAGAAGUAACAGAAAAAGCAAAUGGAAAAUCCAUGAUUACCGAGGAGGAUUUAGACAAAAUGGAGUACCUUAAGGCAGUCAUCAAAGAGAGCCUUAGGUUCCAUGUUCCACUCCCACUACUUGUUCAACGAGAAACCACUCACGAUGUCAAACUUAUGGGGUAUGACAUUGCAGCUCGUACACUAGUGGCUAUCAAUGCUUGGGCGGUAGCAAGAGAUCCCUCCGUUUGGACAGAACCAGAGGAAUUUAAACCUGAGAGGUUCUUGAACAGUUCAAUUGACUAUAAAGGGCUCCAUUACGAUUUCAUUCCAUUUGGAGCUGGCCGAAGAGGGUGUCCCGGUAUUCAGUUUGCUAUAGUUGUUAAUGAGCUUGCUUUAGCAAAUUUGGUAUACAAAUAUGACUUGGCAUUGCCAGAUGGAAAAGAAGGUGAAGAAUUGGACAUGAGUGAGGUGUUUGGGAUUACCGUGCAUAAAAAGUCCCCUUUGCUACUUGUGGCAACUCCUCGAUUCUAA